CAAUCCCAUACCUUCACUUCUUUUUCUUCCAACUCAAAGCCAACUUCCCAACAAUACCCUUUUCUUAAGAAACCCAUACAAAGAAACAGCAACAUCAGAAUUGCACUUUCCUCUCCCUUUGUCAUGGAAAACCAACAACAGCAGCCUGCCAUGAGAUCAAGGUUCAGGCGCGUCUGUGUGUUCUGUGGCAGCAGCGCCGGCAAGAACCCAAGCUACCAGCUCGCCGCUCUUCAGUUAGCCAAAGAACUGGUUGAGAGGGAGAUUGACUUGGUUUAUGGAGGAGGAAGCAUUGGGCUCAUGGGCCUCGUCUCUCAAGCCGUCCAUGAAGGUGGCCGCCACGUUCUGGGGGUGAUUCCCAAGACUCUUAUGCCUAGAGAGAUUACUGGAGAACCCGUCGGAGAUGUCAAACCAGUAUCAGGGAUGCACCAACGCAAAGCCGAAAUGGCUCGCCAAGCCGACGCAUUCAUCGCCCUUCCAGGUGGAUACGGGACUCUCGAAGAGCUCCUGGAAGUCAUCACCUGGGCUCAACUCGGGAUCCACGACAAACCCCAUUCUAUCUCCCCGGAAUUGAAAAAUGACUUCGUGUUCCUUCAGGUGGGUUUGUUGAACGUCGAUGGAUACUACAACUCAUUACUAUCGUUCAUCGACAAGGCCGUGGACGAAGGGUUCGUUGCCCCGGCUGCCCGUCACAUUAUCGUCUCUGCCCAAAAUGCCCAUGACCUCAUGGUCAAGCUCGAGGAAUAUGAAGCGCAGCAUUGUGGUGUAGCAUCGAAGUUGAACUGGGAGAUGGAGCAGCAAUUGGGUUACACAAUCAAGUCAGACAUAGCCCGUUGACUUACUGGAGAAGAAUUUUAUAUCCUUAUAAAAUGUAGUUUGUCUGUUUACGAGAAUUUUUACUGUAAUAUCUAAUUGUAAUUUACCAAUUUGUUGAUAGUUUAGGGCACCUUUUCAACGUGGUAAUUUCUAUGCUAGGGUUUGUUUGCAUUUUUUACCCUUAUUGGUUAUUUACUUAUUUCUCUCUUGGCCACUUGUAGGUGAUGAUUACUAUUAUUUGCCAUUUGGGGCUUGAACAAGUUUUGUAAAUUUUUGUAAUUGGUAAUACAAAUAUAUGAAUAAGAUUUUCGACCGUGAUUAAGC